CCAGAGGCCACAAAGGGUUGGGCCGGUUGGCGUCCCAACUCAAGAAAGGGCGGCGACCAAGGACAAGGAGGUUAUGGACUUGCCCUAAAGAAGAACAAUAGGGACCAGAGUACCAGUUCUGCAGCGACCAGAGAGGGAGAGAGAGAUGUGGAAGAAGGUAUUUGCAGGCGCCAGUGGCGCAUUGCAGCCAUGGAGAAUGGUACCUCAUCGUAACUCCAGCGUUUCUACCGCCGUCGACUCUAUAUUACUUCGUUCCCUGAAAGAGCACUACCACGAAGUAUCUAAAAUGACUCAACCACCGAAAGUAAGCCCGCCAUCAUCUUUUGCGAUUGUGAAAGGUGCGCUUGACAAAAACGGCCCCGUUCUCCGACGAACUUACGGCGAUGAAGAAAUUAGUAUCUCUGUGAUGCGAUUAGCCAAUAUUAUUCCUGGCGGUGGAGAUGGCGAUGACGACGAUGGUAUUAAUCAGUUGUUCCUUCAUGUUGAUAUCUCAAAACCCGGGCGGGAGGAUUCUCUUCAUUUCCUGUGUGGGCUUUAUCCGGACGCAUUAGGAAUUCACUCUGUGUCCCUGAGGCCAAAGCUUCAAACUUCUCAAUUCCUCGUCGCUCCUUCCAAGUACAGUGGCCCGGUUUUCCAAGAUCUGGAAGAGAGGAUGAGGGAUGCGCUUCAUAAUUACAUAGAACAACGUGGUGUCAAUGAGAGUCUCUUUCCCUUUCUACAGGCAUGGCUUUAUGUGAAGGACCAUCGGAAUCUUAUGCGGUGGUUCAAAACAACAGGCACCUUCAUUAAUGAUUGCAAAUCAGCAUGAGCUGUUCAAAUACUGUAGUUGUUUUCUCAGUAGGAAUGGUUCAAUGGCUCCAAGUAAGUGCUGUAACUUGAUAAAGUUCAAGCUGCUAUUCACAUGAGACCUGUUUAAUUUUCUUAUGCCUGGAGGUGCGUGCUAAUACUUUUUUCAGCUGUACUCCAGGAUUUAGAUAUCUCACCUUUUUUUUUUUUUUGCUUUUUCCCCCUUUUCAGUUUUCAUCUCUGAGGUUUUGAGAAAUGUCUCCAUUUUGUGUUGUGUAUAAGGUGUCUUUCCAUUACAUACGUACAACAUAUGAUAUAAAUGAGUUGCCUUGUCCACUUGACUUCAAUUUCAAUGAAAUUCAAAAUCCAGGCUAAGAACUUGUUUCUUUUUGGAA